GCUGUGAGGCAUUUGGUCUGCUUGUUAGUGUUUAGGGAGUACUGUUAGUUCGAGGAGAGAUUUCUGUCUCUUCUCCUCCCUCCCAGAACAAACUCUAUGUCCAUAUGCCCUGGCUGGGAACUUUCCUCAUUAUAUUAUCACAAACACAGCAGCACUAAACCCAGACAAACACACAGCCUUGUUUUUUAAGGUUCUACCUCUCAGCCUUCCCUCUCCAGAAAACCUUUGCACAGAGGUGACAGCCUGAUAAGAACUGGAAGCAAUACAUAUAUGACAGUCACACCAACUCAGCCGUAACUGGAAACUCUGCAAAAAAAAAAAAAAAAAAAAAGAUGCACCCUUCACAAGGCACAUUGGAAUAAGCACAAUGAACAGUUAAAAGAGUGGGACUGCACAGACAGCAGACAGUCUGCCCUGGUACGAGAGUCACAACAUGGAGCCACUCUUUGACUAUGUGGGGCACUUUGGAAGAUUCCAGGCAUACAUUUAUUUCACUUCUAUUUUUCAAGCAGUCUCAUGUGGGAUCCACUACUUGGCUUCAGUAUUCAUGGCUGUUACCCCAAAAUUUAUAUGCAACCUUCCAGGAAAUAUAAGUACUAUAUUGCUACCAAAUUCCUCUGCUUCAGGGAUUGGGAACUUGUGGGGAGCUUGGAUUCCAUCAAAAGAUCCCAUUGUUUUCCAGCUGGGAAAUGGAGAUAUUUGGGAAGUUAAUCAAUGCAGUCGAUUUAAACGGGAAGGAACAUUGGACCUUGUGUAUGCAUAUGAAGGAAAUAAAACCAUGUUCUCGUGUUCUGAUGGAUACCUCUAUGAUCCCACAAACCUGGAUAGUAGCAUAGUUACCGAUUGGGAUCUGGUGUGUGACCAAGAAUGGCUUGCUAAGCUAGUUCAGCCCACCUUUAUGUUCGGAGUACUGAUUGGCGCAGUGAUUUUUGGUGAUAUUGCAGACAGAGUGGGACGGCGCCCAAUAAUGUGGUUCACAAGCACAUGUCAGUUUGUGUUCGGUGUCGCAGUGGCAUUUACCUUCAACUACUACAGCUUUGUGAUCAUGCGUUUUUUCCUGGCUAUGGUGUCCAGUGGUUACUUAGUUGUGGUGUUUGUUUAUGUGACUGAAUAUGUUGGAAUUAAAGCUCGCACAUGGGCAUCCAUGCACGUCCAUGCAGCCUUUGCUGUAGGAGUUAUGGUGGUGGCCCUAGUUGGAUUUUUGGUGCGUACCUGGUGGAUUUACCAGAUAAUUCUUUCCUUAACAACUCUGCCAUUUAUAUUCUGCUGCUGGACUCUUCCUGAAACCCCAUUCUGGCUCCAUUCCCAAGGGAAGUACAAAGAGGUGGAAAAAAUUAUUACCAAAAUGGAACGCUGGAAUCAAGUCAAGAAGGCUCCCUGCAAGCUCUCUGACUUGUGUACAGUACUGAAUGAUACUAAUGAUGAAGGGAAGGAGGUUUCUUCUGUGAAAAAACACAAUGUCUUUGACCUGUUUCAUAACUGGAGCUUUGCAAGGAGGACUAUUUCUGUGUGGCUGAUAUGGUUUACUGGGAGCUUUGGAUACUAUGUCUUCGCUUUAAAUUCUGUCAACUUAGGAGGGAACGAAUAUUUAAACCUUUUUCUCUCAGGUGCUGUCGAAAUUCCUUCUUACAUUGUUGCUUGCAUUGGUAUGGACAAACUGGGAAGAAGAAACACGCUGGCUCCCUUCCUUAUACUGAGUGCUGUCAUCUGUGGUGUCAUUAUGCUCAUUCCUCAGGACUAUAGCACUAUAAUCGUCGUCAUCAGCAUGGCAGGGAAGUUUUCGAUAGGCGUUGCUUUCGGAUUAAUUUACUUAUACACCGCUGAGUUAUAUCCGACAAUAGUACGGUCCCUUGCUGUAGGCAGCGGAAGUAUGAUGUGUCGUAUAGGUAGCGUGGUCGCCCCAUUUUGUGUGUACCUGACAGAUGUUUGGAUAUUCAUGCCACAGAUGUUAGUUGGGAUCAUGGCCUUCCUUACUGGAAUGUUAACCCUAAUGCUCCCAGAAACACUUGGCAAACCUCUUACUAGCACCAUGGAAGAAGCUGCAGAAAUGGCAGCCAAUGGUGUCAUUAAUAAAAAGAAAUCAUUGCCAGAGCCCAAUGGAGAAGUGAUGGACAAACUAGAGAUGAAGAAAAUAGACAUGCCGGAAGCAUAACAAAGUAUAUAUUAAUCAUGACUGGAAGACCUGACUAUGAAUGGUAUAGAAGUGUUAUGUAAAGAGACAGAGAGGAUGAGUCUAACGACAGGUCUUGGAAUCCUUCAGAUCAAUCACCAAAUUAUUUACACUGUGUUGAAAUAUGUGUAGUAAAAUAAAACUAUGCUUUCGUAA